AUGGCCUUCCUCUGGCUGCUCUCCUGCUGGGCCCUCUUGGGCACCACCUACGGCUGCGGGGUUCCCGCCAUCCAACCCGUGCUGACCGGCCUGUCCAGGAUCGUUAAUGGUGAGAACGCCGUCCCCGGAUCCUGGCCCUGGCAGGUGUCCCUGCAGGACAAGACCGGCUUCCACUUCUGCGGGGGCUCCCUCAUCAACGAGAACUGGGUGGUCACCGCCGCCCACUGUGGGGUCAGUACCUCCCACUUGGUCGUGGCCGGGGAGUUUGACCGGGGCUCCAGCCAGGAGAAGGUUCAGGUGCUGAAGAUCGCCAAGGUGUUCAAGAACCCCAAGUACAACGCAGACACCAUCAACAACGACAUCACCCUGCUGAAGCUGGCCUCAUCCGCCCGCUUCUCGACGACCGUGUCGGCCGUGUGCCUGCCCAGCGCCAGCGACAACUUCCCGGCGGGGACACUGUGCGCCACCACGGGCUGGGGCCUGACCAAGCACACCAACGCCAACACGCCCAACAAGCUGCAGCAGGCGACCCUGCCGCUCUUGUCCAACACCCAGUGCAGGAAGUACUGGGGCACCCAGAUCACCGACCUGAUGGUCUGCGCCGGUGCCAGCGGUGUCUCCUCCUGCAUGGGUGACUCUGGUGGCCCACUGGUCUGCCAGAAGAAUGGAGCCUGGACCCUGGUGGGCAUCGUGUCCUGGGGCAGUGACACCUGCUCCACCUCCAGCCCCGGCGUGUACGCCCGCGUCACCAAGCUCGUCUCCUGGGUGCAGGGGAUCCUGGCGGCCAACUGA